CCGGCUCCCGCCGCCGCGCCUGCUGCAUGCUCGGUGCUCAGCCCCAGCCGGAGGUGGAAGAUGGCGGAGCCGGGGCCGGAUUGCAGCUCUCUGCUCGACGAGGAUCUCUCCUCCUUCGUCUUCAGUUACCUAGCGGACAGCCAGUAUGAGGUGUCUGGAGAGGAGCACCUCUACUCUGACUUCCCCGAGAUCGAUCUGUCCCAGCUGGACGCCGGCGACCUGGACUCUGCUGGCUGCUUUGGCGAGCUGCACUGGGACAGGGAGCACUCGGAGACCGACUCCAGCCAGUACAGCACCGACGACUCCGAGCUCUUCCAGAUAAUAGACAGCGAGAACGAAGCGCUGCUGGCAGCCCUGACCGAGACUCUGGAUGAUAUUCAGGGAGAUGACAUGGGCCUGGCUGCCUUCAGAACUAUGGAAGAGGGGGACACGCUCAGCCCUGCCACCACCUCACCUGCCCCCUCCCCCAAACCCACCGCCCCGGUCACGGGGGGCCCCCCGGCCCCCGAGGGUGAUGAGCUGUCUCUACUGAAGAAGCUGCUCCUGUCUCCGUCCCCUCCGAGCUGCGAGGCCCAGCGGGACGGGAGCGCCCGGCGCCCGGGGACCCCAAAGUGCCGGCCCCCUCGGCCCUGCACGAAGGUGGAGGGUCCCCGGGACAGGAGGGCGAGCGUCCCGCAGGCACAGAGCCGCAGCUGCACGGAGCUGCACCGGCACCUCACCUCCAGCACCUCCUGCUCCCAGACCAAAGCCCCCCAGGCGCCCGAGGAGUGCCCCGGCGGCGGCCGCCACCCGUCCCCAGGUGACUGCGCCCAGCACGAGGACGACAGCGACUCCAGCGAGGACUCGCUGAGCUCCGGGGACUCGGCGGAGGAGGGCCCGGGCCCCCAGUUCUCCUGCGAGGGGGAGCUGCACUCGGUGCUGGAGCUGAUCCGCUACAUGCACACCUACUGCCUGCCGCCCCGCAAGCUGCCCGCCCGCGACCCCGCCGAGGGCCGGCCCCAGCCCUGCGGCAGCCCCUACAAGAGAGCCAAACCCGACUGUGCCCCCGGGCAGGGCCGGCCGGGCUGCGCCUGGCAGGCGGCCGGCAGCUGCAAGAAGCCCGGAGCGUCCUUCUCCAUCCUGAAGGAGCUGCUGGCGCGGGACCUGCUGUGCGACGUGAGCAAGCCAUACCGCCUGGGCAAGCCCGUGUACGCCGCCCUGGCCCCGCCGCCCGGCUCCGGCUCCCCCGUGCCGCCCGACGGGGAGGAUGCCGGCGGGACUCGCACGCCCAGGGGCAGAGCAGAGAGCGGCGAGCCCCGGCAGAGCCCCGAGGCGGAGGCGCCGCGGGAGCUGGGGGCCCUGGAGGACGAUGCCGGGAGGCAGGAGGGGAAGGCGCCCCGCAGGCAGGACAGCGCCGCGUACGCCGUGCGCCGCUCCAAGAGACUCAACCCCGAGCUCGGGCACUGGCUCUCCUUCCUCGAGCAGCCCCACGCCGAGCCCUCCGUGCCCCUGGGCUGCAGGGAGGCCGCGCCCUGCCCGCUGCUGGAGGGGCUCUCUGCCGAGGAGCCGGCGGCCGAAGUGGAGGUGGGGGGCACGGCCCCGUCGGCAGAGCCCCAGCCCCUCUGCCUGGGCUCCCCGGGGGACGGAGAGGUGGCCACGGAGAGCCGGCGCUGUGCCCUCCUGGAGCAGACAGAAACACCCAGGUGUCUCACGCUGUCCUUGGCACAAACUGACCCAGCCUUUGGGAAGAGAAACUUUGAGCCAAUGCUGACUGUGGAGCUGUGUGGGACAGCAGGUCUCACACCGCCCACCACUCCGCCAUACAAACCCGCCGAGGAGGACCUGUACAAGCCAGACAUCCCGCAGGAGGCCGGGAAGGAGGAGGGGGUGGCCCCCAGCCCCGGGGACGCGGCAGCCUCGCGGAAAGCGCCCAGGAAGCACCCGGAGAGGACGGAGCUGUUCGCCCACCUGAGCCGGGCGCGGGCGCUGCCCGAGCAGCAGGGCGUGCUCAAGCGGCCCUUCUCCCGCUCCUUCGGGGACCACGACUACUGCCAGGUGCUGAAACCCGAGCCUGCCCUGCAGAGGAAGGUGCUCAAGUCGUGGGAGCCCCCGAGCCAGGUGGAGACGGAGCACAAGAGGAGGGUCCCGGCCGCCCACUACCAGGGGCUGGAGCUCGGCAAGGACGCGGGCACCGAGAUGCUCUGGAAGGACGGCGUCAAGCAGCUGAGAGACCAGGAGAUCAGAGCCAGCUUAACAAAGCACUUUGGCUUUCUGGACAGUGCCCUCGACGAUGAGGACAUGGUCUUCUGCAAGACCCCCGAGUACGACACCGUCUUUGAGGACAGCUGCAGUGAGAGCGGCUCCCCCGUGGAGGAGGAUGAGGAGGAAGAGGAGGAGGAAGAGGAGGAGCACAGCGACACCAAGCUGUGCCUGAGGAGAAGCGCCCUUUCCAGGGGCAGUUUGCAUUACUGCUCCCGGAGCAGGUCUAGCUCGGGCUCCUCGUGCUGCCGGUCGCGGUCACCUGCCAGCAGACGCACCUUCAGGUGUGAGAACGGCGAGCAGUGUCAGGGCGGCAGCGGGCAGCGGGGCCAGCUGAAGAAGAGACGGGAAAAGGCCAUUGGGGAAGGCCGGGUGGUGUACAUCAGAAACCUCUCCAGCAGCAUGAGCUCCAGCGAGCUGAAGAAACGCUUCGAGGUGUUUGGUGAAAUCGUGGAGUGUCAGGUCCUGACCAGGACUAACAGGGGGGAGAAGUACGGCUUCAUCACGUACCGCUACUCCGAGCACGCCGCCUUAUCGCUGAAGAACGGCCCCUCGCUGAGGAAGAGGAACGAGCCCUCCUUCCAGCUCAGCUCUGGUGGCCUGGGGCGCUUCUUCUGGACCAGAUACGCUGACCUGGAUUGCGGCACGGACGAGUCGUCCCCAGCUCCGGUGAAAAGCAAGUACGAGACCAUGGAUUUCGACAGCUUGCUGCAGGAGGCCCAGCUCAGCCUGCAUCGGUAACAGCCUUAACCUUGGAGGAAUACCUCAAUACCUCAGUCAAGGCACUUCCAAUAUGUUUACGUUUUCAAAGAAAUUAUUCAGUCUAUGGCAAGCGAGAGAGCGAGAGAGAGCGAGAGCACGCCCGCAAGAGAGAGAGACUGCUGUCCCCUGAUCGAUGUUUACAUUGAACAAAGCUGCUUCUGUCUGUGAGUCCCCAUGGUGUUGAUGUCUCACUGCCACACGUUAGUCCCCCCUCUGCUUCUGACUGGUUGUUUUAGGGUGAGCCUAGGAGCCCCCCGGCCCCUCUUCCCCCUCCCAGCCCUCCCCAUGCUCCCACCGUGGAGUUGCAGCUGUGUUCACCAUAACAUUUUUUUGUCCGUAGUGUGUGAUGAUGAAAUUGUUCAUUGUGAAUAGAAUCAGGAUUAUAAACUAAUUUUUAAUAGAAGAAGAGAAGAAAAAAAAAGUAUAUACUUAAAAAAAAAUGUAUUUAUGGCUCAGAUGUACUGUAAUUCAGAUUUAUUGUACCGCUUCCUUGAUUUUUAACUAUGCACUGUAAUGAGGCACUUGCCACUCAGCAAAUGGGGGGUCAGAGCAGUCACAGAGCUGACAUUCCCCUGCCUCCCCUGCUGGCAAACCGGGGUGCUCGGUGCUUGCCCCGGGGUCACCCACUUUGCUGUCAAAGCCAUUCUUCGUGCUGGCGUGGCCCGAGCCCCCAGCAUCACCCCCAUGCUGAGCUGGGUGCUGGUGGAUGAUGGAUGCAGCUUUGCAGGCUGCAGAGGCUGGGAGAGGGAUGCAGUGCCUGCAGCCAGCGCUGCUCUGGCCUCCGCUGCCUUUGGAGCCAGGAGAGAGGGGCUGGGGGCUGCAGCCAGCUGGGCACAUGUGUCCUGCUGGCACAGCCUGGGGCAUGGAUGUCUCCGGGCCAUGUGGAGGAGCUGGCUCCUCUCCAGCUCCUUGGAUGGCUGCGAGACUGGCCAGGCCCUGUGGCUUGAUCCACACUCGCUUCCACACCCUGCAAAGCAAGCGGGGCGAGAAGACCUGUGUGUGCUUCCCACUGGGCAGCCAGCCCAAAUCCAGCCCAAAGUAAGGCCAACCCCAAGUGCGGAGAGGUGGGGCGGGCACAGCACCCACACUGAGCACCCACACUGAGCACCCCCAGCCCCCUGCCCCGUAGCUGAUAAGCCAUACACGUCCCAGCACCCACCCGCACCCCGGAUCCGUCCAGCGCCCCGGGGCACAGCUCUGCCUCUGGCCAAGGGCCCUCGGCGCUGGACUGAAGUGUAAAAUGAACUUGAGGACUUGCCCUCCACGUGUGGGUGUGGUGGGAAGGGGACACAGCCCCCACCAGCCGGAGCACAGCCCACCACCAGCCGGCCAGAGGCGCUGUUUUCCCAAGGGAGCGGGAACCUUGCCGCUCCUCAAGCCAUCGCCACCUUCUCCUUUUAUUUUUGAGCCCCAGAGACCACUAGGGAUUCAGCCAUCCUCUGUAGAUAGAAUAUUAUAGCCUUAACUCUGCCAAUAGAUAGAUUAGAGUCUCCUGGGGUCUCCCCUCCCCACGCCCUGGGGGUUUCACCCCCGGUUCCCUGGGUAUGUUCCGUCCUGCAGGGAGAGCGACCAAAGCCUGGGAAGUGGCACAGGAUGCGAGGCCAGGAGCCGGAGCCGUGCCAGGGUGGGCCCUGGCAGGAGCAGGAAUGCCGGCAGCGCCGACACCAGCACAGUUCCCUGGCUGUUCCCUCGGGAGAGCCGUGGUUCUGACAACACCAGCCCGGCAGCGCCGGGGCCCGGGGCCGCCGCGGGGUCCCCACGCUGCCACCGGUGACCAUCGCUGCCAGGGAACAGCCCUGGUGCCAUUCCAGCCUCAGCAGAGAAAUCUGGCGCCUCUCCCACCCCUAAAUCCCCCGUUCUCAUCCCACCUUAGCAACCACGAGCAGCUCUGGCCGAGACUGAGCAUCUGCUAUUGGCAAUUGCCUCAUUGUAGCUUUGCCUUUUUCUGUCCUAGUAUUUCCUCACGAUGAUGAUGUUUACAUGUGAUUGCUAUAGAGCUUAUGUAGAAUGUAUAUAGCGACACAUUUAGGGUGGGUAGUACUGUCCUGUGCUGUGCUGAUGUUUUUCAGAAAACGAUCAAUC